CCUAUUGGGCGGGGUUCCUUCCCCUUCCUCGGAGAAAUCGCGCCGCCGCCGCCGCCGCCGCAAGAAAUCGACGGCUUGCGACUCCCCGACGAUGGCCACCGUCGUUCCCGCCGCGGACCCCUCGCCGGCGCCGGCGCCGAAGUUCCCCGCCGCCGCGGCAGCGGCGGAGGCUCCGGGCAGCCCGGUGUCGCCGCUCGAGGCGGCGGGAGCGGACUACGAGCGGGUGCGGGCCGCGCGGAUCCGGGAGAACAUGGAGCGGAUGCGGAAGCUCGGCAUCCUGGACCUCGCGCAGACCCUCACCAGCUCCUCCUCCGCCGCCGCCGGCUCGGGCGGGGGCACCGGCAGGGGGAGGCCGCGGCGGAAGCCCGUGGAGCCGGGGUCCGCCGGGGCGCCGCCGCCCAAGGUGAAGCCCGCGCCGCGGGCGCCCGCGCGGCGGUCUCUCAGGCUGAAGAACGUGGAGCCAGUCAGCUAUUGUGAAAUUCGGCCCUGUAAGGAGAGAGAUCCUCAAGGUGUUAGAACUGAGUUACUAGAGGAAGGAGCCAAGGAAGAAAUAUACACUGAAGAGCACGAGAAGCUUUUGGGUACAUGUAAUACUCCUUGGACUCUCUUUGUCGAUGGUUAUGGCAAAGACGGUAAGCGCAUCUAUGAUCAAGUGAGGGGCCAGACCUGUCAUCAGUGCCGGCAGAAGACUCUUGGUCAUCACACAAGCUGCUGCAAAUGCCAGAUUGUCCAAGGGCAGUUCUGUGGAGAUUGUUUGUACAUGAGGUAUGGUGAGAAUGUGCUAGAAGCUAAGAAGAAUCCCAAUUGGAUAUGUCCAGUUUGCCGAGGCAUUUGUAAUUGCAGUAUAUGCAGAACUAAGAAAGGAUGGUUCCCUACUGGUUGUGUGUAUAGGAAGGUUGUCAAACUUGGGUACAAAUCUGUGGCGCACUAUCUAAUUGCAACACAGCGAGCAUCAGCUAACUCAGAGGAUUCAAGCUCAGCUGACUUCUCAAACAAGCAGCUUUCUGACAAAUCAGAAACCUCAUGUGUUUCUGACCAUGAUGCUACAGCUGCCAAGGAGGAGAGCCUAGAGGAUGGAGAAACGAGUAGCAAAGCUAAGCAGAGCAAACCAAAUCGCCGCCAAGCGAAGAACUCUGAUAGCCAAAGUGAGUCUGUGGUGACAUCUGAUGCUCACAAUGAUCAGGCCAAUAAGGAUGCUGGAUGUGUCACUCCAUCAUCUAAGCCAACCUCAAGGAAGAGGAAGUACGAACGAAGCCCAGACUGCGUUGCAAGCAGGCUGCGAUCCCGGUCCAACAAGCCAUGAACAUUGGAUCCUAUGAGAACAAACUCCCGUUUGCUUUUGUGAUCCUGGUCCAAGUGGGUUCAUGGUGUGUAGGUUCACUUACAAGACUUCAUUUUGUGUCUGCCCAGUAGAUGUAGGGAAUCAGUAGAUGCAGGUGAUUGUGGGGGUGGUAUUUUGUGAAGCUGUGUUACAGCUUUAAACUAUGUUCACUGCCAAGAGUGGUGGAAAUGGGCUGUGCUUCCGGCAACCUGGCAUAUAGUGCAAAUUGGUGAUUGUGGAUUUGUGGUGUUAA